UUCAAAUCACGCCAUCAGUUGAAUUCCGAGAGAGAGAUUUCUACUUCAGGCCUAGUUUUGCUUUAGAUCCAUCUGAGAUUUUCUCCCCAAAUCUGUGCGUGAUUCUUUUCUGAGAUUUGGAGGCGUGGUUUUUCGGAAUGGAGGAUCCGAAUCGGAAGAUUUGGAUGCUGCAGUGUUUGUUGCUGUCUCUCGCGUGCUUCGCGUCUCACCUCUCUGCUACGGAUGAUGUGACAUUCUACGAGUCCUUUGAUGAGAAGUUCGAUGGAAGAUGGAUUGUGUCUGAGAAGCCGGAGUAUAAUGGUGUAUGGAAGCAUGAAAAGAGUGAGGGGCAUGAUGACUAUGGACUUCUUGUGAGUGAGCCGGCCAGGAAAUAUGGCAUUGUAAAGGAACUUGAUGAACAUGUGGAUCUUAAAGAUGGAACUGUUGUCCUUCAGUAUGAGGUUCGCCUGCAGAAUGGGCUUGAAUGUGGUGGUGCUUAUCUGAAGUACCUACGGCCUCAGGAAGCUGGAUGGAUAGCCAAGGAGUUUGACAAUGAGUCACCUUAUACAAUUAUGUUUGGCCCCGAUAAAUGUGGCGCUACCAACAAAGUCCACUUCAUAUUGAAGCACAAAAACCCGAAGAGUGGAAAGUUUGUCGAGCAUCAUCUCAAGUUCCCUCCAUCGGUACCUUCAGACAAAUUGACCCAUGUGUACACUGCUGUGUUGAGGCCAGAUAAUGAGUUGAGCAUCUUGGUUGAUGGGGAAGAGAAAAAGAAGGCUAAUAUUCUCUCGGAGAGCGAGUUUGAUCCUCCACUUAUCCCUCCAAAGACUAUUCCUGAUCCUGAUGAUAAAAAGCCUGAGGAUUGGGAUGAGAGGCCAAAAAUCCCAGACCCGGAAGCCAAAAAACCUGAUGACUGGGAUGAGGACGCUCCAAUGGAGAUUGAAGAUGAAGAAGCUGUAAAGCCAGAAGGUUGGUUGGAUGAUGAACCUGAAGAGGUUGAUGACCCUGAGGCAACAAAACCAGAGGACUGGGAUGAUGAAGAGGAUGGUGAAUGGGAGGCGCCUAAAAUCGACAACCCUAAAUGUUCAGAAGCUCCUGGAUGUGGGGAGUGGAAGAGACCAAUGAAGAGGAAUCCUGCUUACAAGGGAAAAUGGCAGCCUCCACUUAUUGACAACCCCGAUUACAAGGGAAUUUGGAAACCUCAGGAGAUCGACAACCCUGAGUUCUUUGAGCUUGACAAACCAAACUACGAGCCCAUUGCAGCUAUUGGCAUUGAAAUCUGGACAAUGCAAGAUGGUAUAUUGUUUGACAAUAUUUUGAUUGGAUCCAGCGAGAAGGUUGCAGAAUCCUACCGUCAGACUGCAUGGAAGCCAAAAUACGACGCUGAGAAAAAGAAACAGGAUGAGGAAGAAGCAGCUACCUCCGAAGGGCUUAAGGGCGCCAAGAAAGUAGUUUUCGACUAUCUGUACAAGGCAGCUGACCUCCCUUUCUUGGGCGAGCACAAAACUAAAGUCCUGGAGCUCCUUGAGAAAGCAGAGAAACAAGCUAAUCUCACAAUUGGCAUCCUUGUGUCCGUUGUUGUUAUUCUCUUAUCCAUUCUGUUUAAGCUCAUCUUUGGUAGGAAGAAACCGACUAAUACACCACAAGCAGCAGCAGAGAAUAGGAAACCUGAUGUUGCCGAGUCUUCGACCAGCACCGCAGAGGAGGAGGAGGAAGAGGAGGAGAAGGAGGGCGACCCCGCAGCCCCUCAACGCAGAAGGAACGUGAGGCGUGCGAAUUAGGUAUUAAUUGAACAAGAGGAAAGAAUGUUGCAGCCACGCUAGUUUUUUCUUAUUUUGAAUUCUCUCUCUGGAUAUCUGUGGAUUGAACUUUCUUUGCAGUUUAAGAAAGGGUCCAGGAAGGACAGUUUGUUUUUGUCUUAUAAGUAGUAGGUGGGUGGUGGUGGUGGUGUUCUUUUUAUACAUGAGAUGUAUUGGAGUAACAAGUUUUGGAACUCUACCAAUA